AUGAAGAGUGAAGAUGCAAGUACAAAGUUACUUGAAUAUGAAGAUGUGGAAUUCCACUCCUUAAGUUUUGCAGCCACAGCUGACACAUUAUGCACAGACUUAGGCAAGGGUUUACAGAAUGACGAAGUGGAUCGGCGGUUACAGAAAUAUGGUGAGAAUACUCUAGGAGACGAGGGUGGCAUUGACUUUCUGUCAAUCUUGUUACACCAAAUCUGCAAUGCGAUGAUCAUGGUGUUGUUUAUAUCGAUGAUCAUCGCAUUGGCGAUAAGAGACUGGAUCUCUGGUGGUGUGAUCGGGUUUGUAGUAUUCAUCAAUGUAGCUAUCGGAUCGUACCAAGAAUACAAGGCGUCUGAAACUAUGAACUCGCUUCGAAGCCUGAGCACGCCAGAGGCAAACGUUGUCCGUAAUGGCAGCGAGGAAACAGUUGAGAGCAGACUCCUGGUUCCUGGGGACAUUGUUGUGUGCAAAGCAGGAGAUACCGUCCCCGCGGAUAUCCGGCUGGUACGCUGCUUGAACUUCGAAACGGAUGAGGCGAUGCUGACAGGAGAGUCUCUGCCAAUCGCGAAAGAUCCGCUGGAAGUGUACCCUGCAAACGAGGACAUCCCCGUUGGAGACCGUCACAAUCUAGCGUUCUCGAGCUCGACCGUCAGCAAGGGGCGCGCGGUGGGUAUUGUCGUGAGAACAGGUUUGAAAACUGAGAUAGGCCAGAUAGCACAGAGCCUGAAAGGGCAAAAUAGCCUUAUUUCCAAAGAUCCAAGUUUGUCAUUCUCGAAAAACAUGCUCAGGACGUUUCUGAACACCGCUGGGUCGUUUCUAGGCACGAACGUAGGAACACCGUUGCACCGAAAGCUGUCGAAGCUUGCUAUUUACUUGUUUUUCAUUGCGGUAUUGUUUGCUAUUGUUGUCAUGGCCACACAGAAGUACCAUGUUACGCGAGACGUGGCCAUUUACGCCAUCUGUGUGGCGUUGUCCAUGAUUCCUUCUUCUCUAGUAGUGGUUUUAACCAUUACUAUGUCGGUUGGCGCCAAAAUCAUGGCCGGAAAAAAUGUCGUGGUUCGUAAACUGGACUCUUUGGAAGCUCUGGGGGCGAUCACAGACGUUUGCUCUGACAAGACCGGUACUCUAACGCAGGGAAAGAUGAUACUCAAGCAGGCUUGGAUUCCAAGUUUUGGUACCGUCACAGUUUCAAAUUCCAACCAUCCUUAUGAUCCCACUAUCGGUGAAGUCUCUCUAAUACCCAAAUUUUCGCCAUAUCAGUACACCCAUGAUUCGUCAGAGGACGUGGGAAUUUUGCAAGAUUUUAAGGCCAGGCUAUCGCAGAAUGCAUUGCCAGAUGGUAUUAACCCAGUAGGAUUCAAUAAUUGGCUAGAGACUGCUACUCUGGCGAAUAUAGCUACCGUUUUCCAGGAUAAGGGAUCUGGUGAGUGGAGAGCCAAUGGUGAUCCCACAGAAAUCGCGAUUCAGGUUUUCACAACCAGAAUGGGAUUGCCUCGCGAUGAUUUGACUACAGGGGCGAAGCAAGACUCUAAUUCUCAUGAUGCUAAUGACACCGUGGGAUCAAAAUUCGAGCAUCUUGCGGAGUUCCCGUUUGACUCUGGUGUGAAAAGAAUGUCCUCAGUUUACGUCAAUCACCAUGCAGAGGGCCAGCGUCAUGUAUUCACUAAAGGUGCAUUUGAGAGAAUCUUGGAAAGUUGUAGCAGCUGGUGGCCAAACGGUGUUGAAACUGAUGCGCAACCAUUAACUGAAGCCGAUAAAAGUAGUAUCAUGCAAAAUGUUGAAGUUAUGUCCGCAGACGGUCUUCGAGUCUUAGCUUUCGCGACUAAAACGUUCAGUGAAGAUGAAGCGGAGGAACUCGGUGAUCGCAUCAUUAAAGAUCGCACUUUUGUCGAAAGUGGAUUAGCUUUUCAAGGUCUAGUCGGUAUAUAUGACCCUCCAAGACCAGAAAGCGCCGGAGCUGUAAAAAAGUUUCACCAAGCUGGCAUUAACGUGCACAUGCUUACUGGUGACUUUCCUGGUACAGCUAAAGCAAUUGCUCAAGAAGUUGGGAUCUUACCGCACAACCUGUAUCACUUUCCCCAAGAUGUAGUUGAAUCUAUGGUCAUGACUGCGACUCAAUUUGAUAAAUUGUCAAAUGAGGAAAUCGAUAGUUUGGUGGUUUUGCCGCUGGUGAUUGCUCGUUGUCACCCCAACACCAAAGUAAGAAUGAUAGAGGCCCUUCAUCGGAGACAAAAGUUUUGUGCCAUGACUGGUGAUGGUGUCAAUGACUCACCUAGUUUGAAGAUUGCUAAUGUGGGUAUUGCCAUGGGUAUUAAUGGUUCAGAUGUUGCUAAGGAUGCCUCUGAUAUUGUCCUUAGCGACGAUAAUUUCGCUUCCAUUCUCAAUGCCGUCGAAGAAGGUAGGCGCAUGAGUGACAAUAUUCAAAAGUUUGUGCUCCAAUUGCUAGCUGAAAAUGUUGCCCAGGCUCUAUAUCUGAUGAUUGGGUUAUGUUUCAUAGAUAAAGAUGGGCUUUCAGUUUUCGCACUUUCGCCAGUUGAAGUUCUUUGGGUCAUUGUUGUUACGUCCUGCUUCCCAGCAAUGGGUUUGGGCCUUGAAAAAUCAUCACCAGAUAUCAUGAAGAAGCCUCCGAAAAGCUCCAAAGUAGGUCUCUUUACUCUAGAAAUGGCGAUUGAUAUGUUAGUCUACGGAACGUGGAUUGGUGCUUGCUGUUUAGGCUGUUUUGUGGCGGUUGUUUAUGGAAAGGGUAAUGGUGAACUUGGAUUCAACUGCAACAAUUCAUAUAACGAAAGUUGCCACUACGUUUUUAGAGGUCGUACUGCAGCCUUUGCGACUAUGACAUGGUGUGCUCUAAUUCUUGCGUGGGAGGUUAUUGACAUGAGAAGAUCAUUUUUCAAGAUGCAGCCCGAAACCGAUACUCCAUGGACUCAGUGGAUAAAGGACAUUUGGUCAAAUCAAUUUUUGUUUUGGUCAGUAAUAUUUGGAUUUGUGUCAGUAUUCCCUGUUGCCUACAUUCCAGUAAUCAAUGAUAAGGUUUUUUUGCAUAAGGGGGUCACAUACGAGUGGGGACUAGCUAUCGCUUUCUCUUUGGUUUUUUGGGCUGGCGCGGAAGUGUACAAGUAUGGUAAACGCCACUAUUACCGGAAUCAGGGUAUAGCUCAAAACCCAGAAGAGGAUCUUGAGAAAAAGAGCUUCCAGGAUCCAUUUGGCAAGUACAACACGAACUCCUCCAUGACGAUAAAUAACUUGAGCGAAGGAAUAUCAAGGAAAGGCUCAUAUUGA